AUGCCUCACAAAGACUUGCCCAUUAGACCUCUGGUCCGUGCUUUUGACCCCGUUGGUCCAGAUACUCUUGGGCCGCCAGACCUUGACUUUGCUUCUCUGUUUAGAGAGCGAAAUGUCCCUGAAGAUGCUCCUCUGACGCUGUAUCCUGAGCAGCUGAACGUGCCAUGGCAUACUUCUCUCCCAUGGACAAGGCAGUCCAAGUGGUGGGUACAGGGUGAAGCAGCUGGACGGGACUUGGUGAAUCGGAUCAGUGCCGACAAGGCGUCUGAGAGGGGAGCUCUACCUGUGGAGUUUAUGGAUGAGCGCCGAAAGGGAAAGAUUGACGAGCUCGUCGAAGAUGCGGUUUCAUGCGCUGUUUACCUAUACCCAUCAUCGUCGCCAACGCGAAUAGAGCUGCUAACUCAGGCUCUUUUGCUUCUAUUUUUCCACGAUGAUGUUAUGGAGCGCGGUGCAACACAAGAUGAUGCAACAGUUUGUGAUGAUUUCGUAACCAUGAUACCCAAGAACAAACACAUGAAACGAUACUUCGCAGAGGUCCUAGAAUGCGAUCCCAUUCUUGGACCUGGUCUACUUCGAGCUAUCGGACUGUUUGUCAAUGCAGGUCGUAAGAAGUCACCGUUCAAGCAAGAUAAAUACGCAACGUUAGCCGAGUACUUGGACUACCGCCGCCACGAUAUUGCUAAGCCUUUCAUGAUCGCUGCUAUUCGAUUUGGAAGCGGUGUUCGCCAGACGCCCGAGGAAACCGCUCCCUUUGCCGAGCUAGAAGACCUCUACGUGCAGCACUCCAUCCUCAUAAACGAUCUCUACUCCUACGAUAAAGAGAUGUACGAGGCGCGCACCAUCAACGGCUCUGUCGUCAACGCAGUACACGUCAUUGAAAAACUCAUGUGUGUGCCGCCGCAUUUGGCAAAGACUAUCACUAGAACUAUGAGCUUCGACGUCGAGAAGAAGUACUACGCCGAGUCAGAGAGGUUCAUGCGUGAUCCUGCGUUGAACGACAAGCAGCGUACUUAUGUCAUUGCGCUAUUUGAUUGUUUGACUGGGAAUCUGUUUCACCAUGCUACGUUGGGAAGAUAUUCUCGAUAUGCGGAGUAUGUUUUUGACUGCAAGACUUAG